GAAUAGCAGCCUUCAGCGUAGUAUCGCUGCUGCUGCUGCUGGAUCCUCCGGGGAGCGGACAGAUAGCGACGGACGCGUUUCUGUCAGCACGCCGUCAGAUAAAGCACCUUUCCGGCUCUCAUUUAUUCCUUCUCGCGUUAUCUGGAAGGAAGGGUGCUGCUGAAAAAAAAAGGAAUUACAGACCCAGGAAGGGGCUGACAUGCCCUUCGCUGCUUGGCGCAGUCAGUCGCUGUCAGACUUGGAGGAGGUAAAGACCGGAAUGGUACGUUUAAAUUGUCUUUUUUAACGACGAGGAAGCCCGGUUUGUCAUCGGAUUUUUGGAUCAUUUUCCCGUGGGGGUGAUAACGACAUUACAUGCCCGAUCGCAGAGCAGGAGCGACGGUGGGAAUGCAGCACAGCGGGCGUUUGGCUGCAGGUGGAUGGCCAACCUGACGGUCCCUGCCCGCCGCUUCCAUCCCGUUCUGCCGCCGCUGCAGCAGCUGCCGCAGCGGAUCUGGCGUCAUCCGGAGCUUUAACGACAAACUGAAAAAGAGACAUCGACAAAUUAGACCCGAGCCAUGCUUCCAGGGGUCGGCGUGUUCGGCACCAGCCUGACCGCCAGGGUGAUCAUCCCGCUGCUGAAGAACGAGGGCUUCGCCGUGAAGGCGCUGUGGGGCCGGACGCAGGAGGAGGCUGAGGAGCUGGCCAAGGAGAUGAACGUGCCGUUUUACACCAACCGGAUCGACGACGUGCUGCUGCACCAGGACGUGGAUCUGGUCUGCAUCAACCUACCGCCGCCUCUGACGCGGCAGAUCGCGGUCAAAACACUGGGAAUUGGAAAGAACGUCAUCUGCGACCGGACAGCAACGCCUCUGGAUGCCUUUCGAAUGAUGUCAGCGGCUCAGUAUUACCCCAAGUUGCUGAGCAUUAUGGGAAAUGUGUUACGUUUCUUGCCGGCCUUCGUUCGAAUGAAGGAGCUGGUAGAGGAGGGGUACAUCGGGGAGCUUCUCGUCUGUGAGGCGCAGGUCCACAGUGGUAGUCUUCUGGGGAAGAAAUACAACUGGAGCUGCGAUGACCUGAUGGGAGGCGGCGGUCUGCAUUCGGUGGGCAGCUACAUCAUUGACUUGCUUACGUUUCUGACCGGUCAGCGUGCGGCAAAAGUCCAUGGCUUCCUCAAGACCUUCGUCAAGCAAACGGAUCACAUCCGGGGCAUCCGUCAAAUCACCAGCGACGACUUCUGCACCUUCCAGAUGGCACUGGAGGGGGGCGCCUGCUGCACCGUCACGCUCAACUUCAACGUGCCCGGGGAGUUUCGGCAGGAGGUGAUCGUUGUUGGGACGGUCGGAAGGUUAACGGUCACGGGGACUGACCUGUACGGACAGAAGAACUGCGGAGGUGGAGAAAACGGUGGAGGUCCUGAACUCCUGCUCAAAGACACGACGCCUCUUGAGAAGGCCUCCUUACCAGAGAAGGCCUUCAGUGAUAUUCCGUCCCCAUAUCUCACUGGAACGAUCCGCAUGAUCCAGGCAGUGCGGCAGGCCUUUCAGGACCAGGACGACAGGCGGACGUGGGACGGGAGGCCCCUGACCAUGGCCGCUACCUUUGAGGAUUGUCUUUACGCUCUUUGCGUAGUGGAUACCAUCAAGAAAUCCAACCAGUGUGGAGAGUGGCAGAACAUUGUGGUGAUGACCGAGGAACCGGAAAUCAGCCCGGCCUAUUUGAUCAGCGAGGCCAUGAGGCGAAGUAGGAUGUCACUGUACUGUUAGCAUCUAGCUGAUGGGCGGAACCCUUAGAAAUGGCUGGACGCCUACCUUAACUUUGUUGGUUGCUGGAACUUUAGUCAUACAGCUUCGAGGUUAAAUUCUCAAAUUCAUCACCCAUUCAAUCUCUAUUGCUACUGUUACAGACAAAGAGGUUACUCCAUUAUGAUACCGAGAGUUAUGGUUUCCUGAUGCGCUGCCUCAGUAGUAGAGGAAGCGCAAUGUGAUCAAUAAUAUAACCUUUAUUUAUAAGGAAGCUUUUCCUUCUUUUUUUUUUUGCUUUUGCCAGAAGAACUGAGUCCUUCCGGGGAGAUGCACUUGUAAAUCAAACUGAGGCAGAUCAGGGAGUUAAACUAAAGCUACUGUGUUCUGCUUGACCAUAACGGUAUUGCGCCUCUCAUCUCUGCUUCUCUUCUACCAUGACUGGGUCUGGAAGACAACUCCUUACACUGUGGGUCCAAACAAGGACAGCCAAGGAAGAACGAUAGUCCUCUCAGUUAAAACUGUGCCGCCGUAUUGUUGCUGUAGUCUGAAGUACUUGCUAGUUUUAACAAGUGAAUGUUUUUAAAAUAAAAAAUCGGCCUGCUUGAUAGCAUCUGUCUGCUCUGUAUGCUUCCUCUGUGCGUGUGUGAAACAAGAGAGAAAAGAAAUCAAUAGUUUGGCUGGUGGGUUUUUAAGAGGGGUAUACCCUCUGGUUCGCGUAUGCAAUAUAUCCAGGCUGUAGGCAAAAAUACCUUUAUCUUGAAACACACUCUGGUGUGCCUUUUAUGCAGUUACAGUAGCCUGUGCAUCAGUUUGAGUGUCCUGUAUGAGUGGCCAGUGCAGUGAUACAUUGAUGUUCUUCUUAUUUAUUUUGUGCGUUUUCUAUUGUCAUGAAGCAUGGCCAUCAAAUCCACUCAAUUCUCUAUAGUGUGCGGAUAUCUGCACUGAGCCUUAAGUGUGGCUAUUAAUACAGUCUUGCAUUAAGUUCAGAGUAAAUGCAGCGCUGUGUGAGGGUUUAAUCUUGAUAUAGCAAUGCAAUGGGUUCACACUUGCACCGAGCCAUCGUGAUUUAGCAUUUAGCAUGGUUUUUAAAGCUUAUUUAACAUGCACAGUGAAAUGCAGGUAUGUCAGUAUGCAUCACAUGCAAGUUCAGUUUGGACCCACACCUACAGUAAGACUGUAAACUUUGCAUUUCAUCAAGUUUCCGUUAUAGGUGUUAAACUUUAAGGCUGGUGUUAUUCUAUAUUCCCAGGAACAUGUUUCCUACUCAUAACUAUUCGUUAGCCAAAUUUUUAAUGAAAAUAUGUCUGAUUCUCUCACAGUAUGCAACUUCACAGCACCAAAGACGGACAGACAAAAUUAGACAUUUGCAGAAAAAAACUGAGCCAAAAGACAAUGAAUGUCGGACUUACAACACAUUACUAACAUAAUAAAGAACAUUCACAAACAUAUUAUAUUUUUCUAAAAGACGAAUUUCCCCCAAACAGCUUAACAUUGUUUCUUUUAGCUUAUGUUACCUGACAGGGGGACUAUUUUCAGCUCUUGAGCACUGCACAUUCGGCGCUCAAGUGAGAAUUUAUAGAAUAUCACCACCCUUAUCUUUUAAGACAUGAUUCACAUGCAUUAUGAGAGCAGCCGGCCUUCAGAACUUGAGUGCAACAGGAUUCAGUUAGAAGAAUAGUGUUAGUAAAGAGAUUCUAUGAAGAGUAUGAGUGAGAACAGAAGGAGGGAUUUUACACAAGCAUUGCAGUUUUUAAAUUAAAAGAGAUGUGUGAAAUAGUGUGAAUUUCUGAUGCAUGCAAAAUCACACCUGACUCUCACAGUGGUUGGAUCCAAGUUGUUGUGUUUUACUCCCAGUCAGUGACACGAGAAAGCUCAAACAAACCAUCAGAGAGCAUUUUAAAAUACAGUGUGACUUCAGGUUGGGCAUCACUCUGUACAGGUGAGAGAACAGCACCGACCUACAAGCCAAAAGAUUGAUUUCUUUUAACGCGUCUCUGUUCCCCUGUGUGCUUUCAAACUCUUAAACUGUGCUGAAAUAUUAUCUGUGUAACGACUACUGAAAAUGUACAUGUGAAAAUAUGAUAAAACAACAAUACGCGUUUGUCUAAAGGAAUAAACAAGUACUGUAUGUAUUUUAUUUGUAAAAACCAAGGAACCGGAACAUAUUUACGCAAGUUUUACGGUAUUUAUUCUUUGUUUUUAUGCUGUUGAAGUUAUUAUUCGCGCACUGACCUGUGGUGUGUUUGGGAGAUUUACAGCAGACUGAGGCCUUAGAGCGUGAAUUAUUAUCUGUGAAUUAUUGACCAAAAUGCUCUUCUUUUAACACUGUUAUGAAAAGCUUUACGUCUGCUCAUAAGAUGCAUCGUAAACAUCCCUGCUAACUAGUCUGCCCGACAAAGCUCUGAGUCCAACACUGAUAAGCUAUCAUUUUUUAAGAUAACUCCAGUUACAUGAUUGCCCCUUGUGUACCGAGUGCUUUAUCGCCUGCAUAUAGACUUUCCCCCCCCUUUAGCUGAUAACACUUUUCAAAAUACUCAUGGAAUUCCCUAUUCCUGUUUAAACGUCAUGAUCAAGCAGAAUAUUUUUUUGAUUGAGUAAGCCUGAAUUAAAGUCAUGAUUCAACCUCAGUCAGAGAGCACUGAGCUGACACCGGAUAGGAAAACAAGGAAAGGGAGAGAAUCAAGCCAGGAUCCAAAUCAGGUUUCCUAUAUUUGAACGUCACAAGGUUGUUUUCUUUGCCCACAUCAGGCCUGUAAACAUGCUUUAUGACUGUGUCAUUUAUGGCUCUGUGUUGGAAUAGCCUUGGCUGUUGAGUCUGACAUGGAUGUAAAGGCUCUGUUUCCAAACGAGUAAUAUCCUAUGUAAGUGUGUUGCUUCAUGUUUCGCAGUAAGUGUAGGCAUACCAUUAAUGAUGGUGAGUAAGGCUGACUGUGAGGAGGCACAGAAUCCCCCUCUUAGACCCUGAGAAUGGUUUAGUCCACCGGUCUAAAACCUCUCCUUCUGCAGAGGUAAAGUCAUACCAUUAAGAUCAUUUGUUUAAACUUCCUUCACCACUAGGUCCAUUUUUCUACCAAACAUCUUACAAGUUUUAUUUUAGUAAGUUCAAUAAACUGGGUUAAACCAGUAGUUAAACUCAAGAUUUAGGGAAGUUAAGUCUUUCAUUACGUUAAAUAUCAAAUAUGUUUUCUAAUAUUUCUUCCCCUUUAUCUCAAAAUCCAUCCUCAGUUUUUUUGCCCCACUAUGUUUACAGCCUUUCAUUACCCAGGCCUGCACAUGUCUCUGUGAGAUCCUCUCACAAUAGACCCAGUAUGCCUAAAUCAGCAUGGAUCUGAAGAUUAAAUUAACUACAUUUGAGUCUCCUCCGGGGGAGGAGCAAAGAUGUUUCAGAAGCUACAGUGACUCACAACAUCAGCUUUGGAUACUCUCUCAGUUUGCGUAGCUGGAGGUUUAUCCGUUUCAACACAGACCCAUCCUCUUCCUCCUCCUCUUCGUCCUCCUCCGUGGAGAUGCAAUCAAACAGCUCAGCAGACGCAUCCUCAGCCUAAUGCCCCGUGUGCUGUGGUGAAAUGUGUUGGUAGCAUCUGCUUCAAGACCAGAGGGCUUUUCCCUUCAGCAUCAUCAGAAUAGUGAAACAAAAAAAGUACGAUGCUGAUAAUGAUAGCGAUGCAAUACUCAUAACCAUCUUAUUAGUGACAUCUAUGCAUGGAUACACAUUCAGGGCCCCAUGGAGUUGCAACGGGCUGCAGUCUGACACAGAUGAGGCAACAUCUGGGUUCUGAAGCACUGAAUAUUUAUUAAAUGAGUUUACAUAUGCUGAUACAGUAAAUAAUGAGGAUGUCAUGCAUAAAAAAUAAAUUUCACUCGAUUGUUUUCUUUUAAAUGUUGAAUUUUUGUUAUUUCUUAUGCUUAUUGAAGUGUGUCCAGACGUCAAAUUGAUGUUGAGGUGAUGCGCCAGUGCAGCUCAUGUUUCCCAUAAUAAACAUGCUGUGAUUUUCUUAAACUGUAUGAUUUAUCUUGCUGCUUGUGUGAACCGGCUUCAGAAGAGGACAUUGUAGACAAACAACGUGGGAGGUUCCCCACAGUUCCAACUUUGCACUCUGACUGCCCUCGCUCAGUCGCGACUGGGACUUGCUUGUUCGUGCUUCACCCAGAAUUUCACAAACUGUUCAGGAAAAGGCUUUCCCUUACUGAGGGGGGAGAACGGUGUAGGAGGUUGAGGGGAAGGAGGAGGGAUGUGCUGAAAAACGGUUCAUUUUCAUCCUCAAAGAGGAGCUUCUUCUGCCCUUGGAGACCGCUACUUAGCAACCGGAUGCCACGUUGCCGAAACUAGGUCCUGUCUUUUUUUCUCUCUCUCUCGCUUUCAUUUUCAGUCACACAGUAACACACUACCCACACCUCCUUUGUCCUCCCCCUCCCUCCCCCCUCGUUCUCUGACUAAAUGGUCAAAGGGUGAAUUCCUAUUUUUUUUUUUACAAUGAGUGUUGGGAAAAGGUGACAUUUUUUGAUCUGCUGUUCUUUGAUCAUUGGCCGUCGUACCUUUUUCCACGGGGUAACCAUCAAUAUCAGUUUUUCCUUUUAUUCUCUCUUAUCUUCCCCUCUCUGGCUCUCUCCAUCGUUUUCUCUCUAGUGUGAGUGUGGUUGAAGACUGGAGGACAAGCUCACCGGUGCUUCUCCAGACCUUCCCUCAAAACAUCUUCUCUUCUCUCCACUCCUCUCCUUUCGUCUAUUUUCCUCUCCUCUCCUCCCCUCUCCUCUUCUCUCUUAUCCUCUCCUCUCAUUUCCUCU